ACUUUCUGUCUGGUCGUUAUCACACGCAGUUCAUGAGCAAAUGUGUUCGUACCACAGAACUGUUGGAUCGCACACGUUUCGUGAUUGAGACCCAAUGAGUCCUCUUGGGGACAAUGGCCUGAUCUGAUCCCCACUCCAGCACAGUAGGUGGCACCUUACUUACACAAUAGCUGCCAUGAAUCCCACCGAAGAAGAAUACGAUAUACAUAGUUGGAUUUCUUACUGCUGUACUGGUGGGCUUAGAUAGGAGGCAAUGUCGUUUUUGCCGUGUUCUGAGGUUUGCCUGUUCACGCCUCCGCUUUGUGUUGGUAACCAGCAACAAGGGUAACACAACAAGGACCGUAAAUUUGGACAUAGCUAGCUCUGUAAUGUUGAUGGAUAGUCAUACCCUCAAAUGGAAGAACAGCUGGUCUGGAAACAUUAAAGAUUAGAAAACAUACUAAGAUUACAAUAUAGUCGUGAUACCAGUUGACAUGCACACGCCAUGCCAUGUAUUCGACCCGAGUUUCAAAUUAAUAUCAUGCAAUUAUCAAUUUAAUUGACUUUAUAUGGAACUAUCUAGGUGGCAGCUAACGCUAGCCAGCUAGCUAAUUCGUCAACAAGAUCGUGCAGGCCGCGGAAACUCCUCGAGCUGGAGUACAAAUUAACGGUUCAGUAUAUCGCGGAUACAGGCUCUGGGGUCCACUGAAGCUUUGUAAAACGGUCUGGAUUGUUCAUGUCUGGAAAGCGGGAUUGAUAUGCCACUGCUUGGUUAAAGACGUGGGCUAUGAAGACACGGAAAAUAAAAGGUUCCAAGCUCGUGAGACGGAGACAGAGUGUGUGACUCCUUCACAUCUCUCUCUCCCUCCUUCUCUGGCAGAGGAAAGAGAUGGCGGCCUUCCUACCUGCCCUACUGAUGCCACUGUUGUUAGCCUGGGUGCCUCAGAGCUGGGCAGGGGACUGUAAAGGCCACAGGCAGGUCCUGAGGGGGCCCCCUGGACAUGUCACCGACGGAAUGGGCAACUACUCUGUGAAUGGGAAUUGCGAGUGGCUUAUCAAGGCCCCAAGCAGUAGUUACAGUAUUGUCCUAAACUUCACCUUCAUGGAGACAGAGUGCACAUAUGAUUACCUGUUUGUGUAUGAUGGAGACUCCUACGACAGCCCCUUGCUGGCCAGUCUGACUGGUACCACACUGCCACAGCCCAUAGAGGCCAAGUCUGGCAAGAUGCUGCUGCACCUCUUCAGCGAUGCCAACUACAACCUUCUGGGCUUCAAUGCCACCUACUCCUUCUCGGUGUGCCCCGGGGCCUGUGGGGGUCACGGCCGGUGCGACCAUGCCUUGGCCCGCUGCCUGUGUCACCCAGGCUGGGGCGGCCGUGGCUGCGCCACCCCCCUGUGCUCCCAGGCUUGCGUCCUGCAUGGCGUCUGUGACACGACUGGGGAACGUUGUCUCUGCACCUCUGGCUUUGUGGGGCAGAGCUGCCAGCUGGGUCUCCGUGACGACAGUGGGGCGGGGCAGUGGUGGGAGGUGAGUGGGGGCGAUGACCAGAUGGCCCCUCGUACCGCUGCCGCAGGAGUGUACGUGCCGUCCACUGGCGCCAUGUACAUCUUUGGAGGAUUUGAUCUGAAUAAAGCUCUCGGGGACCUGGUGAAAUACAACUUCACAAACAACAAGUGGGAGAGAAGGUCGCAUGCAUACUGUCCAGCGGCUCGUCACUCUCACACAGCUGUGGAAUGGCAGGGGAACAUGGUCAUCUUUGGGGGAGAGCUCACCAACGGUUCCCUGGCCAGCGACGUCUGGAUGUAUCGCCCCCUGGAGGACGACUGGCAGCAGCUCGGCCAGUGGGACUCGCCGGGAGCUCCAAAACUGGCCAAUCACGCAGCGGCCGUUGUGGAUAACUACGUAUAUGUCUUUGGGGGACGGACAGAAGAGGACAUGUUCUCCUCGUCGCUGAGUCGCUUCAACUUGAGCGGUCGCGUGUGGGAGACGGUCCGGCCCUCGGGGGGGAAGCCGCCCGCUACGGCGGGACACUCCAUGGUCUUUCACGCCCCGUCCCGAAUGCUGCUGGUCUACGGGGGGCACCGCCCCACCACCGCCAGGUUCAGCGUGCGCGUGAACGCCACCGACGCGUUCCACGUGGACCGCCGCUUCUGGACCUCCUUCCGGUCCCGGUUCCCAACCAGCGGGCCCAGAGAACGGGCCUUCCACUCGGCCACCAUCAUCGGGAACUACAUGGUGGUGUACGGUGGGAAUGUUCACAUCCACUACCAGGAGGAGAAGUGUUACGAUGAAGAGAUCUUCUUCUAUCACCUGGGCUGUCACCAGUGGGUCUCUGCAGGGGAGAGUCUUUUACACAGAGGCGAAACCGUGAGAGGACGCUAUUCCCACGUUGCCGCUGCGAUGGAGGGGCGCGUGCUGCUUGUUGCCGGGGGUUACAGUGGCGUUGCCCGUGGAGACCUGGUUGCUUACAAGGUCCCGCUGUUUGUCAGCAGCGACCCUGGAGACAGGGAUGCAGUGUGUGCAGAGGCUCCAGAUGAGAGCUGGUGUCUGAAGAACCCGGAGUGCAGCUGGUGUGAGGGGCGGUGCCGGGAAUACCAGCCGGCCAAUCCCUGCGGCAGCACCGGGUGUCUGGGCCUGGCCAGGUUCCUGUCGGACUGCCAGUCCUGUCUGGUGUUCAGCGGGGUGCCCCGCUCGCUCCCCCGAGCCCCCGGAGAUUUCGGCUGGUGCGUGCAGAACGAGUCCUGCCUGCCCGUGUCAGAGCAGAGUGCCUGCCGUGUGGACCAGAUCUCAGGGGCGUACGGCUGGUGGGGGGAGCGCACCCGAUUCCUCACCUCCCUCCACUCCUGUCGCACUGAGAACUAUGUCCCGGGACUGCACCUGCUCACCUACCAGUACCCCCGCAACGUGUCCCAGCCCGACAAGGUCUCCAUCUUGCGUAGCACCUCCAUCACGCUGAGUCCCUCCACAGAGACCAACGUCACGCUGCAGUUCCGGGGGUUCAUCCACCCCCUGUGGGGCGGGCCUCCCCCCGCGCCCCCUCCCCAGGAGACCGUCUCCAUGUGGGCCCGGAUACAGAGGCUGCACUUCAUCGCCCGCAUGGCAACGGCGCCCAACUCUCUGCAGCUGUCGGUGGUGGGACACUGGGGGGCCCAGCAGGAGAAGACCAGCCGUCUGCUGGCCCGGCCGGGCGGGGGCAGGCUCUUCCAGAACCUGACCCGGGGGAACCGCUACCUGGUGCAGGCGGAGGGCUACCUCAACAACUCCGAAUCGGGGCACACCUGCGAGAUGGCCCUCACCUGGAACAGGACGUCCAUACCUGGGGGAAGCGAGAUCUCCUUCCUGUUCCUGGAGCCCUACCGAUCGGGGUCGUGCUCAGAGUACCGCUCCUGCCUGGCCUGCCUGUCGGACCAGUCCUGCGGCUGGUGCCCGCCCCAGAACCGCUGCCUGGCCCGCGGGAACCCCGCGCUGGAGCCCUGCCUGGAGGCCCACGGCACGGAGGAGCGCCACCUGCUGCUGGCCCCCCAGCACUGCACCCUGUGUGAGGACUACAGGGACUGUGCUGCCUGCGCUCAGGACCCGUAUUGUCAGUGGCAGAUUAGCUCCAGCAAGAAGGGGGAUUACCAGUGCAGUCGUCGCGGGAGACCGGGGGUGUCCAUCCGCAGCCCUGAGGGCUGUCCCAAAGUCUGCAACCAGAGGACGACGUGCUCGGAGUGUCUGUCCAACUCCAGCCAGUGCGCGUGGUGCGAGUCCGCCCAGGCCUGCUUCUACUUCGCCGCCUACCUCACCAAGUACCCUUACGGGGAGUGCCGGGACUGGUACGACAGUGUUCACUCGGUGCCGCAGUGUAAGCAGUGUUCAGCGCUGUCCUCGUGCUCAGACUGCCUGCAGACCUUCCAGUGCGGCUGGUGCGGGGACUACAGCAACCCCACCAUCGGCAGGUGUCAGCGAGGGGACUGGGCGGGGCUCAGAGACUCCGCCUUCCCUAACUGCAGCAUGGCCGUGGCAGAAGCGCGCGCCUCCAGCCCCGAGCCGCAGACCCUGUCCCCGCCACGGGUGACGGAGAUGGACAUGGAGGUGGAGCACGUGGAGGGCGUGGUGGAGGGAGAGAAGGAGGCGGUGUGGUCCUACCCCUCCUGCCCGGACGUGGAGGAGUGCGUGCUGGGCCUCCACAGCUGCCACCCUUUCGCCUCCUGCGUGAACACGCCCACGUCGUACGAGUGCCACUGCGAGCGCGGCUACACCGGCGACGGCGUGCUGCACUGCAACCAGACGUGUUAUAACGAGUGCCGCGAGGGCCAGUGCAGCGGCAGCCCCCGGUUCGAGUGCGAGUGCGCGCUGGGCUGGACCUCGGACCCCUCCACCAUGGUGCUGAGCGGGGUGGAGUGCGACGUGGACUGCGGCUGCAACUUCCACAGCACCUGCGUCACGGCCCCGGGGCUGUGCGACCGCUGCCAAGACUGGACGACGGGGCCGCACUGCGAGCAGUGUCGGCCGGGUAGUUUCGGCACGGCGGUGGCGGGGGGCGGGGGCUGCCUGCCCUGCCAGUGCAACGGGCACGGCGACCCCCUGAAGGGGUACUGCCACAACCAGACCGGCCUCUGCUACUGCACACACCACACACAGGGCCCGCACUGCGACACCUGCCUCCCCGGGUACUACGGCGACCCCAGGAACAACGGCACCUGCUUCCGGCAGUGCCAGGGGCGCUCUGUCCUCCUGUCCUCGCCCGGGUCCGCGCCCCUGCCCCUCUCCUCUUCGCUGGGGUGGCGGGGGGGCGCGGGGGGGCAGGGCGGCCUGUCCCACUGCCUGUGGGUCCUGUCCGUGUCCGAAGAGCUGCAGACCUGUUCCCCCGAGCAGCUGUGCCCACCCGUGGCUCUGACCCUGCACCCGGACUCCUACACCGAGUGCACUAGCUCCUACGUCUACGUGUUCGACGGCCUGCCUCGUUUCCUUGGCAACGGCGUCGUGCACUCAGACCACAACCUGAUUGGCGCGUUCUGUGGGACCACUCGGACCCAGCCAGUUACCGUGGAAGCCACAUCAGGGGUGAUAUCGGUGUACUUCGAGGCCAACGUCUCCUCUGGAAUGCCCCAGGGCUUCAAUGCCUCUUUCUGGGUGCGUCGCUGCCAGGAGGGGGCAGAAGAGGACGAGGAUGGGGCGUCCCCCUGCCAGGGCAGGGCACAGUGCCAGGGGGGGCUCUGCCAGUGUCCCCAGGGCUUCGGAGGGCCAAACUGCGACAGAGUGCUGUGUCCGGGGGAGUGUGGGGCCCCACAGGGCCGAGGCACGUGUGACAUGGCUCUUGGUGUGUGUGGGUGCUCGGAUGGCUGGGCUGGCUCAGACUGCUCGUCUGCUGUGGACUCCAGCAGCCUGGUGUGGGAAACUCUGCUGGACACCCAGCUCACCAUGAACCAGGCUCACAGGUUCCUCCACAGGAUGGGGCACUCUCUGGUUUCGGGCCCCCUGGAUACUCUCUGGAUGUAUGGGGGCCUGUCUCUCUCCGAGGGCAUUCUGGGAAAUGUGUACAGGUACUCCGUGUCGGAGAAACGCUGGACUCAGAUGCUGACCAGCUCGGUGGAUGAAGGCUCCGCCCCCAGCCCCCGCUACCAUCACGCCUCCGCGCUCCUGGCCAAUCACGACCCACAUUCGGGAUCCCAGGGAGCCUCCCACAACAUCAUGCUGGUGGUGGGCGGGGUCACCCAGAAGGGCGUCGCCAUGGACACCUGGAGCCUCAAUCUGAGCAGCCUGGUGUGGAAAGAGUACAACAGCUCAGUGCUGCCCCCGGUGGCGGGACACACCCUCACCGUGCGCCGUGGCGCCUCUGUGCUCCUGAUCGGAGGCUACUCGCCAGAGAACGGCUUCAACCACCACCUUCUGGAGUUCAGCCUGGAGACCGGCAACUGGACCGUGGCCCCACACACUGGGACGCCCCCUACAGGCCUGUACGGGCACUCGGCGGUGUACCACGAGCAGACGGACGCGGUGUACGUGUUCGGAGGCUACCGUUUCCACGUGGAGACCGUGGAGCCAUCGGGGGAGCUCUACGGUCUGUACUACCCCAACCUGACCUGGUCCCUGCUGGUCCCCUCCCAGGGCAAUAAGCCACUGUCUCGUUUCUUCCAUGCGGCUGCCUUGCUGAGGGACACCAUGGUGAUCGUGGGGGGCAGGACUGGGGAGGAGGACUACAGCAACACGGUGUCUCUGUAUCAGAUCAACUGCAACACCUGGAUACAGCCAGCCUCUGCAGUGGGGGAGCCUGUCAACAGAUCGGUGUCCCUGGCCAUGGCGGGCUGGGGGGGGCGCCUCUUCCUGACGGGCGGCUUUAACGGGGUGACGCUGGGGCGCCUGCUCACCCUGCGCCUGCCCCCCGACCCCUGCGCGCUGCUGCCCACCCCCGAGGCCUGCAACGGCACCACAGGCAGCUGCGUCUGGUGCCGGGGCGCCUGCGCCUCCUCGGACACGGCUGAGAGGCUGGGCUGUGCUACCAGCCAGUCGCCCUGCUCGCCCACGCCCCGCCUUUCGGACCAGUGCCGCAGACUCAAGACCUGCAGCGAAUGCCUUGCCAGGCACCCCAAGACCCUGUCCAACCCCGCCCAGCCAGGGCUGCUGUGUAAAUGGUGCACUAACUGCCCGGAGGGAGCCUGCAUCAACAGCUCCGUCAGCUGCACGUCGGAGCACGACUGCCGCAUCAACCAGCGCGAGAUCUUCCUCUCCAGCAACUGCACCGAGACCAGCUGCGAGGCGUCCGACUGCCCCAAGUGCACCGCCUCGGGCAAGUGCAUGUGGACGCGCCAGUUCAAACGCACCGGCGAGACCCGACGCAUCCUCAGCGUCAACCCCACCUACGACUGGACGUGCUUCAGCUACGCCCUGCUCAACGUGUCCCCCAUGCAGGUGGAGUCGUCCCCCCCGCUGCCCUGCCCCCCUCCCUGCCACCACCUCAGCACCUGCAGCCUGUGCCUGGGCUCCCGUGGCUCCGACGGGGGCUGGCAGCACUGUGUGUGGAGCGUGGCUCUGCAGCAGUGUGUGAGCCCUUCCUUCGUGCCUCUGCGCUGUGAGGCGGGGCAGUGCGGGAGGCUGCUCUCGGGGGGGGACUCCUGCUCCCCGCAGUGCUCCCAGCUGACGCAGUGCUCCCAGUGCAUCGCCCGGCCGCAGUGCGGGUGGUGCGCCGCGCGGGGGGGCAACGGCGCCGGCCGCUGCCUGCAGGGAGGCCUGGACGGCGUGAGCGAGGGAGUGUGCCCUCUUUGGAACAGCAGCUGGUCUUUCCUGCACUGCCCAGAGGAGGACGAGUGUGCCAACGGGCACCACAACUGCAACAGCACCCAGGACUGCCACGACCAGGCCCAGGGGUACCACUGCACCUGCAGACAGGGCUAUGUGCUCAGCAGCGCGUCGGGCCAGUGCGAGCCGGUGUGCCCGCAGGGCUGUGUGAACGGGACGUGCGUGUCCCCGGGGGCGUGCCAGUGCCACUUCGGCUUCGUGGGGGAGAACUGCUCCUCCCAGUGCCGAUGCAACAAGCACAGCAACUGCGCCGGGGUGUCCAAGCCCGACGUCUGCCUGGAGUGCCACAACAACACCAUGGGCCUGCACUGUGAGAAGUGUAAGCCCCUGUUCGUGGGCUCGGCGGUGGGCGGGGGCACGUGCCGCCCCUGCCGGGAGUUCUGCCUGGGCAACAGCGUGGUGUGCCUGUCUGGGGACGAGUACGAGAGGCACAAGGAGCACCCCAACGACUACCCCCUGGACCCUGACAAAAUGGUGCAGUGGGUGAGCGAGGGCCCCACGGAGGACAACGCGGUGUGCGUGAGCUGCCAGAACAACAGCGUGGGAGACAAGUGCGACAGCUGCCUGAGCGGCUACUUCCUCCUGCAGGGGAAGUGCGAGAAGUGUCAGUGUAACGGGCACGCGGACACUUGCGACGUGCGCGACGGCACGGGCUGCCCUUGCCAGAACAACACGGAGACCUCGUCCUGCCUGAUCGGGCCCCAGAACGACCGGAAGGACUGUUACAGGCAACAGUGCGCCAAGUGCAAGGACGCCUUCAACGGCACGCCGAUCAACGGGCGGCAGUGCUACCGGCAGUUCAACGUGGACACGGAGUGCUGCUUCGACCCCACGUCCCAGACCAACUGCUUCCACGAGCCCAACAUCCGCAACCUGCCGCGGGGGCGCACCGUCUUCUUCGCCGCGCAGCCCAAGUUCACCAACGUGGACAUCCGCGUCACCAUCGACGUCACCUUCGGCGAGGUGGCGGUGUACGUGUCCAGCUCGCACGAAACCUUCACCGUGGAGGUGGACCGCGGCACGGGGGUGCACACCGUCCGCAUCGAGGAGGACGGGGCCCGCGGGGGCGGCGACCGGGAGGCGGCGGCGGCGGCCGCCCCGCCCUCGCCCAUGAAGGCGUCGGCCAACUCGUCGGGCCCCCCGCCGCCCCUCCUGUCCCUGCUGCAGCUCCAGGGCCGGCCGCAGGGCGCCGAGCGGGAGGUGCGGGAGGAGCGGGCCGAGGGCCUCAUCACCUACAUCACCGUGUGGAAGCCGCAGACCGUGCUGCUGGUGCGCGGCGUCCGCGACCGCGUGGUCAUCACCUUCCCCCACGAGGUGCACUCCCUCAAGUCCAGCCGCUUCUACAUCGCCCUGCUGGGCGUGGGCACCGACGCCGACGAGGGCCAGUCGCAGGGCCUGCUCUUCCUGCGCCAGGACCAGGCGCACAUCGACCUCUUCGUCUUCUUCUCCGUCUUCUUCUCCUGCUUCUUCCUCUUCCUGUCGGUCUGCGUCCUGCUCUGGAAGGUGAAGCAGUUCCUGGACUUCCGGCGCGAGCAGCGCCGCCACAUCCAGGAGAUGACCAAGAUGGCGUCCCGGCCGUUCGCCAAGCUGACCGUGUACCUGGAGCCCGAGGAGCCCCAGCUGAUCUACCUGCACUCCACGGGGGGCGGCGUCGGGGGCAGUGCCGUCUCCCUGUCCCACGCCCGGCCGGGCAAGCUGGGGGGCGUCAUGGUGGGCCCCCGGGGGAGGCUGGGGGCCUCGUCCUACAAGCACGACCCCGGCUCGGGCCCCACCGCCCACCACCACCACCACCUGUCCCUGGGCGGGGGCAACGGCGGGCAGCACCUGCCCAUACACUACCUGAACACCCACUACACCCCCACCUCCGUCAGCGCCCCCGCCUCGCACCACCACCACCACCCGCCCUCGCACAGCGGCUACCAGCACUUCUGCCGCUCCGACCCCUUCCUGUCCCAGCUCAUGGGCUUCUCCUACUCCUCCUUCAAGGUGGGGCCCAUCACCCUGGAGCCCACCGACGACGGCAUGGCGGGCGUGGCCACCGUGCUCAUCCAGCUGCCGGGCGGGAUCCUGGCGCCCAACCGCGCCUGCCUGGGCUCGGCGCUGGUCACCCUGCGGCAGAACCUGCAGGAGUACUGCGGCCACGGGGGCGGGGGGGGCCACCCGGGGGCCGGCGGGGGCCGCAAGGGGCUCCUGGGCCACCAGCACCUCACCACCAUGGCCAUGUGAGGGGGCCUGAGGGCGGGAGGGCUGUGGGCAGGCCUGUACAUACACUGUGUAAAUAAGUGUCUCUCUUACUCGUCCGUCUGUUGCCAUUUAAUGCCGCACACGCGCCCUGGCCGCCAAUCCGCAGUAGGCUUUCCGCUCGGCAACACUGCAUCCUGCCUGCGGCCAAUGGAGAGACAGAGCCGCCGCUUGACAACCUGUCAGAAAGCUUUGUCUCGGUCGGUUAGGAUUAGGAUGGAACAAUGAGAGUACAGUCGGUGAAGUUCGAGGAGCCAGCGACUCGCUUCGUGUGUACAUGUGACAAUCACGUUCACCACAGAAACCACGAGGCGCAACUUGAAUGCGCAACUAAUGUGAUUGUUCUUCAAGAAAGCAAGAAAAGGGAAGUUCCAUUUAAAUGUUUGACAGGUGCUUUAGAAAUUGCGAACACUCACUCAAUGGUAGAAUUUAGAUUCAAUAUGGCUCAUAAACAGCUGUCGCAAACAAAAAAAUGCCCGUGUGUUCAUUUUGAGCCAUUAGCGAUAUAGAAUCUGGACUAUUCUGCGGACGUUGUGUGGGUUUACUCUCUCUCAUUAUUAAUACUUAUGACCCAGCACCCGAAGAAUUUUUUCUUUUGCCGUUUUGAUUUUGAAUUAAGCACAUCUAAACCCCCUUUCAUACACGGCUUAAAUUUUCACCUUUGAUAGUGAUAGUAAAUAGUAAAAGAGUAACAGUUGCAAAUUUUAUUACAAUGCUUUUAUGCAACGGGAAUAGAUUUAACUGUGUAGCUUUUUGUGUAAAGCAUUUAAAAGCAUCAGCCUUCUCUCGCCCCUUACACAUUGUUCCUUUCUGGCAAUGUGGAAUUUGCCUCUGCUUGUAAUGGCCUUUUGAAAUAUCCAAGCCUUUUUUGUUGUUUGUUAUUAAACUAAGCUGUUUGUACGGUCAAAUGUGUUACGUUUUCUCGGCCAGUUGUACAGAACCUCUUCAUAAAUGUGUAUCAUCACUUAACUGUAACUACAAUGCUUGUUUUACUGUGGUCGUGGUAAUAUGCUGUACUGUAGAAUGCAUUCGUAUGCUGAGCUGAACUCGUCCUCGCCUCAAAGCGAGUUUAUUCUCCCGCUCAUGGAUGGAGGUGGUAUGUGGCCGUGUAGCCUGCGUCUGUCACCAGAAAACAAAGCUUUUAUUGCGAAUGAAGGAACUGUCCAGGCCUGUUUUAGCGUCCACACUCUUCUCGGUUGACGAUAUGAAAGAGGAUUUUUCAUAGUUUUAUUUGUUCCAAGAAUGAAGGAUAUUCCAGAUAAUAGUUAUCUUUUUUAACGCGAGUUGUUCGUUUUCCUGAAAUCCGACAGACGACAUCUGUAUUUUAUUGUUUUCCUGUGCUCUUUGGGUGACUGUGUCAGCCUGUGUGAGCUUGUGUACUUUAGCGCUUUUGCAGGGAUUAUAAUGGGCCUCCCCCCCCCUCCGUGUUAACAGGAAGGGCUGUGUGUGUCAGAUUAAUGAAAGCGAGAGGUUUGAUUUAUUUAAAAUGGAGAACAUUGAGCACUACUACACUGAAUCCUCCUGGUGAGAGAGCGCUUUAGAAAAAUUGGAUAAAUUAUGUGAAAACCAAAUUAAACCCUACGAGUCCUCGUCUCUGCGAGGACAUUAUCAGUAUUUUCUGUUUUAAGUUUUUUUUUUUCCUGUUUUGUUGGGUUUUUUGCGUGUUAUUGUAAAUUUACUGUACAGCAUGGAAUAUAUAUUUUGUAUGACGAUAGUGCUGAAGGAGACUGUUACAGUCAGGAACAUAUCUAAGCUCGGAGUAGAACCACCUCACCUGUUUAACAUCUCUUCCUAAGUUUACCUGCACAGGUUAACUUGCCACUCCAGUGAAUUCCAUUAGCAUGCUAAAUUUGACCUGUUACAUAUCAAACUCUACUUAAUUGGGGCUUAUGAUCAUUUUCACUCAAAAAAAAAAAAAAACUGGAUAUUAAUAAUUGAAGUGAAUUACAAAAAAAAAUAGUUUCAACUUGGUGGCAACGGACAUUGUUUUCGGUGGAGGAGGUCGUGUGGUAAUUUUGUCAUUUGAAAUGGCCCCCUUAGGUGAGAUGUUUGCGGUGAGCGAUUCCGAUCGUGGAAAUAGAACUUAACAGAGCUGUUAUGCUGAGCGAAGCGGUCCGUCAUAUUCAACCGAGUAGGUCACAUCAUUUCCAGUGCAUUUCGAACCUUUUGUUGAAAUGCCGAUAUGAUUUCGCAAGCCUGAUGCUGUUCUAAACGUUCAAUGCUUAUUUCCAGUGUCUUUUGGAUUUUUAUAUAUUUUUUUUUGCAAGGUGAGCUUGGAUCGUUGUAGUGAUUCUGCGUCUGUGGGUCACGCUCCAGUGCAGUAAGUGUCUCAGACAUUUCCUCUGCCGCCAGUGGCUUUGCCCUUACUCUCGUGUCUUUGUGUUUUGUGCUUUAUUUUAAAAUUUCUGUUCCAAACUGAAACGUGCGCAAGGCGAAAACACUUUUUACAUUCUAUUUUUAUUCUUUUUUUUUUGUUUGUUUGUUUUUUUAAAUAAAAAGAAGUGAUCUCUGUUGUACGUGAGAUAGUUGUUGUACACCCUGUCCUGGUUCGGAGUUUGCCGCAAUGUGAAAAACAUGAGAAAGAUAAUGAAUUGUUUGUGCUACUACAUUUGAACUACAUUCUGUAUGUUUGUGUGUUUUUUCCUCUAUUAAAAGAUACUAAAUUGGC